UUUUUUAAAUAACGUGAAAAAAUAGAGAAUCGUGUGUUAGACCGGGGAUACAGUCGAGUAGAUAAAUCACAACAAAACAUCGUCCUCCCUUCUCGGCCUCUCUCCAGUGUCCUCUUUAUCUCUCAUCAGUUGAAAAAGAAGACAAUCAAAUAUGGCGUUUCAGCUAUGGGAGAAUUUGAAGGAGGCAAUCACAGUGUACACUGGGCUCUCGCCGGCCGCUUUUUUUACGGUUCUUGCUUUACUAUGGGCUGUAUACUAUGUGUUAUCGGGCCUUUUCGGCCCCUCUAAUACUCAUCACCAACGGCGAUCCAGAGAAUUUCAGGAGCAGAUGCAGCCUCUGCCGCCUCCCGUUCAGCUCGGAGAAGUCACCGAGGAAGAGCUCAAACAAUACGAUGGCUCCGAUCCCCAGAAGCCUAUUCUCAUGGCCAUCAAGGGCCAGAUCUACGAUGUCUCCCAAAGCAGAACGUUUUAUGGACCCAAUGGACCAUAUGCACUGUUUGCUGGGAAAGAUGCAAGCAGAGCACUUGCAAAGAUGUCUUUUGAGGAGAAAGAUUUAACUGGUGAUAUUUCUGGUCUUGGUCCUUUUGAACUGGAGACUUUGCAAGACUGGGAAUUCAAUUUCAUGAGCAAGUAUGUUAAGGUGGGAACCAUCAAGAGCACUGUUCCGGUUGCCAAUGAAACCUCCGCCGGUGAAUCAGCAGAAACUAAAGAAGGCGAAGCAGCUAUUCCUGUUGAAGAUGGUCUAUCAGAAAGUGCCGCUGUUAAAGCCGAGGAAUCCCCAUCUGGUAUUGAUGCUGUGAAGGAUUAAAGCUGGUUCAACACUCAAAAAAGGAUACAAUUUCUAAUGAAAGUGGAAAAAGGGUAACUAAUCUGGCUGUAUGUUUGUUGUUAAGUUUACUCCACAUAUAAGUUUACUUUGCUAGUCUAGGAAACUUAUGCUGCAGACUUACUUUCAUGUUUGUAUCAUGAAGAAAAUAAAUUGGGCAAAUCGUACUUUCAGUAAUCAGACUGGGAUCUCUGUAAGUUCAGGUUUUUAAGGUACUCUAUGUGAUAAAUCAGCGGUUGUCUUAUGAAAAUGUUUGGUAUUGUUUUCUCUUUUCCCUUUUUGGAGUCAAAAUGGGUGCUAAAUGGUACGUAGGAUUUCAUUUAAUCAGAUGAUGUUAUGUUGUCCAAUAGUACCCGGUUGUAUCCAUUUUGUUAGUAUAUGAAGGAUUAUUGAAAUUAUGUAGAUAUUGAACAAA